AUGAUUCACGGUCUACGAGUUGGCGCCGUGCCCGCCCAUCCCGAUAGCGACUCAAAGUCAGUCAUCUCACAGGUUGAACAUGCGGAGCCCGGCAACCAUACUGCAAAGAAGCGCCCAGACUAUUCAGGGGCGACGGCCAAGAGUGACCCUCGAGAGAUUGCCCUGGUAAAGAAGCUUGAUAGGAGGAUUCUUCCGAUGCUUUGGGCCAUGUACUUUCUAAAUUAUCUUGAUCGUUCGGCGAUAGCCUCAGCGCGACUAAACAAUCUUGAGGAAGAUUUAAAUCUUAAAGGCAACCAAUACAAUACGUGUAUUUCGGUGCUGUUUGCUGGAUACCUCAUCAUGCAGCUCCCUUCCAACAUGCUCAUGGCUUCGUCGCGGGUUCGGCCAUCCAUAUACAUGGCCGUUUGUAUGGCGCUAUGGGGUAUAGUGUCUGGCCUUACUGCGUUGUCCAGAAACUAUAUUGGUCUCGUGCUUUUGCGAUUCUUCCUUGGCAUUGUGGAAGCGCCAUUUUAUCCGGGUGCAAUAUUUUUGCUUUCCAUAUUUUACACGAGAAAGGAGGUUGCCACACGACUUGCUGUCUUGUACACGGCAAAUAUCCUGUCCACUGCGCUGUCGGGACUUAUUGCUGCUGCAACCUUUGCCACACUUGACGGGAAGCGUGGUUUGAGAGGCUGGAGAUGGCUGUUUAUUAUCGAAGGAAUCACGACAGUUGCCACUGCUCUGGUUGCAAUUCCUGUUCUGCCUGAUCACCCACUCACGACUAGGUGGCUCAGCCCGCAGGAGAGGCAGCUGGCACACGACCGCAUUUGUCGUGAUACUGUCGAGCAGUCUGACGGUGCUGGAGGCACCAUGGCAAACCUCAAAGCUGCUUUUGGAGAUUCUCGAUUAUAUCUUUUGGCUCUGAUGCAAAACGUCCACCUUUCCGCGAACGGCUUCACAAAUUUCUUUCCCACUGUUGUGGGAUCCCUGCGGUUCAACCACACCAUUACCCUGGUCCUGACGUGCCCACCGUUUAUUGUUGCGGCCAUCGUUGCGCCUCUGUACGGGCUCAGCUCGGGCAGAUUCAAUGAAAGAACCUGGCACAUUACCGGAGGCAUGUGCCUGGCCAUGACGGGCUUUAUCCUGGCCGCAUCAACCCUGAAUGUUUCCGCCCGUUACGUUGCCUGCUUUUGCUUCUCCGUUGGUGUGUACGCUGUGAACUCGUGCAUCCUUGGAUGGGCAUCAGCAACACUCGGCCAGACCAUGGAGAAAAAGGCCAUUUCAUUGAGCUUCAUCAACAUCGUCGCCAAUGCGUCGUACAUAUACACCCCGUACCUAUUCCCGAAAAGUCAGGGGCCACAGUACACAAUGGCCAUGAGUGUUGAGGCCGGUUUCGCAGGAGCUACCAUUGUCUGCGCAUGGUGUCUCAAGUUUUGGAUAAUUCAAACGAAUAGGAGAUUGAAGAGAGAUGCUCCGGAUGGCAAUCUCGCGUACGCGUAUUGA